AUGUCUGAAAUUGAACAAAAAUUCCAUCCAAACAAAAAAACUACUAUUGUCACAGCACCAUUCUCAGGUGGGCAACCAAAAGGUGGUGUGGAGCUUGGCCCAAGUUACAUCUUAAAUGCUGGCUUUGCUGAACAGAUCAAGAACUUAGGUUGGGAUGUCGAGGUUAUAGAACCGUUAGAAAGCAUUCAAGCAGAAGCUUCGAAGAGUGAUAAAAAAGAUAAGUUUGGUGUUAAAAACUCCAAACUUGUGAGCGAAGUUUGCAAGACGUUAUAUAACUCUCUCACAUCGGUGAAUAAUGCUGGCCGUUUACCAAUCACAGUAGGCGGUGACCAUUCAAUUGGUAUGGCAACAGUGAGUGCUAUGUUGGAUCAUAAUCCUGACACUUGCGUUCUUUGGAUUGACGCUCAUGCUGAUAUAAACUCCCCAGUAACUUCGGACUCGGGUAAUUUGCAUGGUUGUCCAAUGUCUUUCGUCAUGGGAAUUGAUAAAGACUCAUAUCCACCUGAUUUCUCUUGGGUACCUCAAAAACUUAAACCAAAUAAAAUAGCUUACAUAGGAUUGAGGGAUGUCGACGAUGGAGAGAAGAAAAUAUUACGGGAAAAUAACAUUGCUGCGUAUUCCAUGUACCAUAUCGACAAAUAUGGUAUUGCAAAAGUUAUAGAGAUGGCCUUAGAUAAGGUCAAUCCUAAGCGAGAGUUUCCGAUUCAUUUAUCUUACGAUGUUGAUGCAAUUGAUCCUUUUUUUGUGCCUGCCACAGGAACCAGGGUUGAAGGCGGUUUAACAUUAAGAGAAGGUUUGUUUAUUGCUGAAGAAGUUGCUCAAACUGGCUUACUUGGGUCCUUAGAUAUUGUCGAGACGAAUCCAUUGCUAGGCGAAAGUGAUGCUCAUGUUUUAGAUACAGUAAGUGCAGCAUGUGCAAUUGGAAGGUGCGCAAUGGGACAAACCUUAUUAUAG